AUGCCUCAUACAGCUUCAAAUGCGACAUUAAAAAAUACGGUUAAUGUAUUCACUUCUUCGCUCUUAACAAGUACAGGAACAUUUCCAAAACCAGUUAUCGGGGAGUCCGUAGUACAAGUUGGUAAUCAUGCUUACCUAUUUGGUGGUCGUGAUGCUGAAGAUGGCAUCCCCGUAAACGAUUUGUACUUCGUGGAUUUGGAAACGGGCUCUUGGAAACUGGUCGAAAAUCAAGGAUCUUUGAAACCGACUCCUCGCUAUUUCCACUCUGGAGUUUAUUGGAAUGAAAAUCUUGUCUUUUUUGGCGGGAUUGGACUUGAUGAAGAGAACAAUUCAUUAUGUGGUUUGAGUUCAACGGAGAUUUUUAAUUUGGAAACUAAAACAUGGAGAGUUGUUCCAUCUGAAACAAAUGAAUCUGAAAAUAUGGAAGAUGCUGAAGCUUCUACGUGUCAACCUUUACCAAGGUACGGCCACUUGUACUGUGUUUUGGGAGAUUACAUGAUUGUGUACUGUGGGCAAGAUCUUUCAAACAAUUAUAUCGAACAAAUCAAUGCAUUUGAUUUGAAAAGGGAGAAAUGGGUCCAUUCUUCUCCAUUUGCAUAUCACUGUGGUGUCUAUAGAUCAAACUGUACAUCCUUACAUUGUGAAAGUGAAUUCUUCCGAUAUUGUUCUCCUGAAGGCAAAGGCUCUAUCAAAGACACAACGGAGCGUCAGGACCAAUUUGUUGGUUCGCUCCUAUUUUAUCUCAAUUCAAAUUUUGUCGAUGUUAAACGUGAACUUAUUCUAUUAAAACUGUACAAAGUAUCUGAUACCGAAGGAAACAGAGAGGAAACAGAUGAACACAAAGGAUAUCACUCUAGUCUAUACUUUGAGGAAGUAAACGUAACCGAAAAAUUUGUUGGUACGUCCAUGCCUCCAGGACUUCGAUUUCCACGCGUUUACAUGGUCGGAAAUAAUUUGAUUCUUUCGGGAAUAUACCUCACUAGCUCUCGUCAGGCAUUUGUUUUAUGGGUAUAUUCGCUGGACCGUGAAAACUGGAUUCAGUUAGAUACCUUAGGUCUAUUAAAUCACGGCUCAUGGUUCAAAUGCUUAUGUAUGCCUCAGAGCAAUCAACUUGUUAUUUUUGGGAAUCAGACGAGACGACUUAUACAAGAUUAUAAUGUUCGACAGUCAAACUAUGACAAUGUGGUCUAUAUUGAGCUUGAAGCCUAUGGGGUUUAUCGAAAACCAAAGAUUCCACACUAUUCAGAAAGAAGCGAAAAAUUAGGGAAGCUACUAUUGAGUGGAGUAAGCGAUAUGGAAAUUCUAACAGUAGAACGGAAUCAUAUUCCUUGCCUCUCCAAAAUCUUGUAUAAACGGUGGCCGAAAUUUCAAAAACUGUUAGAUCAGACUGCCGAAAGUAAUCAAGACGCCUUUCGAAUGAGCCUUUCCGAGCUCGGACCUCAAGUAGCCGAGCUACCUUUUACACCUAUAAACAGUACAGGUAGUCGAAUGCUGUAUAUGCCUUUCAACUUUGAAACGUGCACUGCUUUUCUGUACUACCUGUAUUGUGGAAAAAUAAACGAAGCUUACUUGUCCACGAAAACAUUAUGUAAUUUAUUAAUCCUUGCCAAACACGAUGAAGGGAUGGAGACAUUUUUUCAAUAUAUCGUGCAUCUUUUGCACAACACACUGAAUCGAAACAACGACUUCAGCUUCGAGCAUUAA